CUUCCGGAAGUUGUCAUUCUCUACGUUUACGGCGAAGCCAGCGACACAUAUCGAGCUCACCCCGAUUAGUAGGCACGAAAGACCGGAGACGUUUGGGCGCGUUAGGUCGAUGAUUAAAUGCUGACGGCGGAGAGGGGAACGUGAUCUCCUUCAAAUAACUUUUGAGCGUUUGUUUGGAGGUGGGCACGUUUGGUCACUUCCCACGUCUCUUUGGGAACCGUCUACGGAAAGCUUGCCCCGCGCAGGCAGACGGACCAGCUCACAAAAUGCCUCCAAUAGAAAAUGACGCCGGGAAGAACGAACUCCAUAGUCGGAUACAAGAGCUCAUCGACUCCAACAAAGUCAUGGUGUUCAGCAAAAGCUUCUGUCCGUAUUGUGUGCGGGUGAAGGACUUGUUCAGUGAGCUGGAUGUCCAGUGUCAUGUGAUGGAGCUGGACCUCAUGGAGAAUGGAACAAAGUAUCAGGAGAUGCUGAAGGAGAUGACUGGACAGCAAACAGUUCCUCAGGUUUUCAUCAACAAGACGCACGUUGGUGGUUGUGACAAAACCAUGCAGGCUCAUAAAGAUGGCAGCUUACAGCAGCUACUGCAGAAUGAGAAGGAAGCUUUCGACUACGACCUGAUCGUCAUUGGAGGGGGGUCUGGAGGCCUGGCCUGCUCCAAGGAAGCUGCUAUCUUGGGGAAGAAGGUCAUGGUAUUGGACUACGUUGUGCCCACACCAAAAGGAACUUCUUGGGGACUUGGUGGAACUUGUGUGAACGUCGGCUGCAUUCCUAAGAAGCUAAUGCACCAGACGGCCUUGCUGAGUGCAGCCAUACAGGAUGCACGCAAGUUCGGCUGGGAGUUUGACGAAACGGUGAAGCACAACUGGGAGACGAUGAAGACUGCCGUCAACAACUACAUCGGCUCUUUGAACUGGGGCUACAGGGUGUCGCUGAGGGAAAAGAAGGUUGACUACGUCAACGCCUUUGCAGAGUUUGUUGAGCCACACAAAAUCAAGACGACGAACAAACGAGGCAAGGAGACGUUUCACACAGCAGCCAGGUUUGUCUUGGCUACAGGUGAGAGGCCUCGCUACCUGGGCGUCCCUGGAGAUCAGGAGUACUGCAUCACCAGUGACGACCUUUUCUCAUUGCCGUACUGCCCGGGGAAGACCCUGGUUGUCGGGGCGUCCUACGUGGCUCUGGAGUGUGGUGGUUUCCUGGCCGGCCUGGGGCUGGACGUCACCAUCAUGGUGCGCUCCAUCCUGCUGAGGGGGUUUGACCAGGACAUGGCCAACCGUGCUGGAGAAUACAUGGAGGAGCACGGAGUCAAGUUCAUCCGUAAACAUGUCCCCGUAAAGAUCGAGGAGCUGGAGGCCGGCGCGCCUGGCAGGCUGAAGGUGACGGCCAAGUCCACAGAAACGGACGAGCUCAUGGAGGAUGAGUACAACAUGGUGCUGAUAGCUGUGGGCAGAAACGCCUGCACAGAUAAGAUUGGACUAGAUGUCGCAGGGGUUAAAGUAAAUCCAAAAAAUGGGAAAAUUCCCGUGAAUGAUGAGGAGCAGACCAACGUGCCACACAUCUACGCCAUUGGAGACAUCCUGGAGAACAAGUGGGAGCUGACUCCUGUAGCCAUUCAAGCUGGAAAGCUGCUGGCUCGUCGCCUUUAUGCUGGAUCCACAGUCAAGUGUGACUAUGUCAACGUUCCCACCACCGUCUUUACCCCCCUGGAGUACGGAGCCUGUGGACUGUCAGAGGAGAAAGCCACCGAGCUGUAUGGACAGGACAACAUCGAGGUGUACCACAGUCUGUUCUGGCCUCUGGAGUAUACGGUGCCCGGCCGUGACAACAACAAAUGCUACUCCAAGAUCAUCUGCAAUAAACUUGACAACGAUCGAGUUAUCGGCUUCCACUACCUGGGCCCUAAUGCGGGGGAGGUGACGCAGGGCUUCGGUGCAGCCAUGAAAUGUGGUGUCACCAAGGAGCAGCUGGACAACACCAUUGGCAUCCACCCCACCUGUGCUGAGGUCUUUACUACUUUGGAGGUGACCAAAAGAUCUGGAGGAGACAUCACCCAGGCUGGCUGCUGAGGUUAAACCCUGCUUGUUUAGCAGGCUGCUCCUUCAGUAGACUCUGAUAACAUCGUCUUAGUUCUCUGUUUCUUCUUAAGCUUCACGUGACACUUGUUUCUCAGGACAAACCAAACAUCACAGCCAGCUUGUAAUCCAAUGAAAGCACUUGUUUAAGCUUACAGGGAGCCAAGAACCGUGAGUCUGAUGAGAGGGCAGCCUGCUGAACGGCGGGGUUACAAUGCUGAUACUCCUCCUGGGCCCCACCAGUGUGUCCUGCACAGAGGAGCUCCAGCACAUACCACCUGUGUGUGUGUUAGGGCUGUCUGUGACGUCCUCGCCCAUAACCUUAAUUAAUGAGGUGGGCAAGGAUCGAUGCCCCUCUGCAAAGGUACCUGAUGGUAGCCCACAAUCUUUCGUCCAGACCUCCAACUGUACACAUCUGUCUUUCUUCUCCUUCUUUUAGAGUGUGCACAUACUUAAAAACACUUGUUUAAAUGGGACUCAGUAAAGGCUUGAAUGAAUGUACAGCUCUGGUGUGUGUGCAGACUACCAUCGUCAUUGUGCACAUUUUCUAUCAGGUCUUCAUCUGCUUGGGAUGUGUACUCGUCACCCAAAAUUUCUUUUUAUAUAAAUGGAGUAUUGUGUAUGUAAGAGAAUCUGCAGAACUUGCAAGCUUUUAAAUCUUUUGAGUGUUGCGCUACAUUAAAGCAACUGAAUGAUUGUUUCAACCCGUUUCACUCAGUGAAGUGAUCCUCUUACUGUAUGCUUCAUUGUGUGUGUAUAAAGAUGUAUCCAGCCUUCUACACAACAGUGCUGUCAGUGAGUGACACUGGUCAUCUGGAUCUAUGACUUGUUGGGGUCAAACAUCUGUAGACUACUUGUUCUCUAGCAUUUAAUAAAGGAUGGAUUUACCUUAAA